AGGUCGGGCGAAGAUGGCGGCGCUGGCGGCGGAGCAGCUGGUGGCCGAGGCCGAGCGCUCGGUGCGGGUGGAGCGCCCGCUGGAGCUGCAGCUGGACCUGGGCAACCUGACGGCGCUGGACGCGAGCCCGCUGCAGGCGGGGGGCCGGCGGGAGGCCGAGGCGGAGGCCUGGCUGCGCCGCCUGGCCCGGGACAACACGCAGCUGCUGGUGAACGCCGUGUGGCAGCUGCCGAGCGAGAGGCUCCAGGAGGGGGUGGUGGCCUCGCUGCCCCCGCCCUCCACCCGCAUCCCCCGGGAGAAGCCGGUGCCCAGACCCCGGCCGCCCACCCGCUGGGAGCAGUUCGCCAAGCUCAAGGGCAUCCGGAGGAAGAAGAAGGGCGGCCUGGUGUGGGACGAGGGCCGGAAGGAGUGGCGCCGCCGCUGGGGCUACCGGAGAGCCAACGAUGGGCCCCGGGAGUGGGUCCUGGAGGUGCCCGACUCCGCCGACCCCCAUGAGGACCAGUUCACCAAACGCGCGGCCGCCAAGAGGGAGCGAGUGGCCAAGAACGAGCUGAACCGGCUGCGGAACAUCGCCAGGGCCCAGAAGCACAAGGUGCCCGGCGUGGGGCUCGCCCCCACCCCGCAGCCCAGCAAAGCCGAGCUCGGCCAAGCCAUUCGCGUGGCCAGGACCUCCACCGCCUCGGCCGGCAGGUUUCAGCAGAAGCUGCCCCGGGAGCAGCCGGCGGCGGCCAGGAGCGCCGGCCAGAGGAGGCAGUUCCAGCCGCUGAUCGGAGACUUCUCGGCGGAGGCGCGGCGGCAGCUGGAACUCCUCGACGUUAUCUCCAGCAAGAAGCCCAGGCUGGACACCACCAAGGCCGCCAACAGGCAACUGCGGGAGGACGACCAGGAGCAGGCGGCGAAACGGAAGAAAAUGCGGCCAAAAGGCAGGAAAGGAGGAAAAAGUCAGAACCGCAAUAGUAAGGGGAAAGGUCAACAUCGGAAAUCAGGCAUGAAACAGCCUGGGAAGAGAAAAUGAGCCUGACUGAACUGUUAAAUACUGUACUCUAAAACAAGAGUACGUUAUAAUUUUGCGAAGACAUACCUUAUUUCUUUUUUAAGAAUUUAUGUUCCUACAGUUGUUUUUCAUGAACUUAAAAUAAAGUAUUUUGUAUUUCUUAUGCAUCUGACUAACUAUAUAUAAAAGUAGAUGAUUUGUACAUGAGAUAGCUUGAAUUGUACCCAUAGCCAUUUGUUUGGUUUAAAGAUUGUCAUUGAAAUUGCCUGUUAGUGUAAUCCUGCAUGCAGUUGACUGCUUCAAAAGGGAUUCAUUGGAAUUAUUGUAUCUUGUAAGACACUGCGUUACAGUAGUUAACCUGAAAGAACUGCAGGUGCUGUAAUUUAGAAAUAAAAACAAGUUACUGGAAAAGCUCAGCAGAUCUGGCAGCAUCCAUGCAGAGAAAUCAAAGUUACGUUUUGAGUCAGUUCUGAGGAAGGGUUACCAGACCAGAGACAUUAACUUUGAAUUCGUAGAUGCUGCCAGACGUGCUGAGCUUUUCUGACAACCACCGUUUUUGUCUUUGACACUAAACUUGUUAACUGAUAUUGAAUUUAACAAAUUAAUUUUGGUGACAGAUAUGUUUGACUUUACAAAAGUAAAGGCUCUGUAUUUGAAUGUACAUACAUUCCUAACAAAGUAAAUACAUUUAUAGUGCAUAUUGAAAUGAAUU